GCUGACCGAAUUUUUCCCCCCAAUCCUGCGACCAGAUCCAAAAGACGCCUACAGGUGGCCGCCCAAAGAUCCGAACAGGCGGAAACGUCUUCACGCCCACGACCCUGGCACUGCCUUCAAACUACCCGAAAGUGGACCUUUUACUUACGGAAACGGGUUUAAUCCAAAGCUUCAGCCAAGCAACGGUCUCAGACGGCGGAUGCAAGAGACAGAGGGGGUUGGCAAGGCUUCGGAAGACCAAGCACACCACGCAACGGGUGUCGACGCGCUACAGCGCAGCGCUCUGCCGCCUUACCACCCAGACUAUGAACCACCUGGCCUAUCGGAGGAGGUCGAAUACAUCAACACUGAUGCUGAGGCCGCAGGUAUGACCGAAGCAGGCUGUCUACCGAGUGGCGCGGAGCAUGGAUCUCGACGGAAAGAAACCUUCCCACAGAUGUGGGCAGACGACGACGAAUCAGAAGAAAGUGUCACAGAGUCGGGAUCGGAGUACAGCCAGGAAGUUGACAUGUUCUCUCGCUCUCGAGUACGUCGGGGUAGCGAAGGAUACGAGGUCAGACCGAAGCGAUUCGACCUUACCUUUUCACACGAUGCCACUUGGCAAGUGGGCAUGGAUGGAGGUGGUGUAGGCUACGCAUCGGAUGAAGAGGGCGAAUACAGCGAUUACGGGUCGCACGGCGCCCAAGAGCUGCGCGGAUCGGGCGGACGAGCGACUGGACGAGCGUCUUCGCUUGCCAUGGGGAGCGACGAUGGACGAGUGAGCGAUUUUGAUGAAGAUGAGGAGGGCGACUGGUCGGAGAGAGACGCCAGAGAAGAACAGCUGCGCAAACAGCUGCACGAAGAGAGGCGCAACAAAGAUUGGCAACCUGCCUACGACCCGCCAGAGAAUUGGAGCCCGACUACGACUACCAGCAAAGAGGCGAACGGCAGUGCGCUUGCCAACAGCACGACGGUAGAUACUGCCAACGCUGAUUCCGUCCAAGCGCCGGAUUCAAGACCGUUAUUGCCAUCAGAGAUCAUGAGGAGGCGGGUGGAAUGGCAUGCUCACAUGGCUGCUCUAGCUGCCUCCGAGGAUGAAAGUGCCGCAAGCACUGGUCCCAUCGCUUGAAUCCCUCGCCUAGCAUAUGUUUGGUGCUGUCAAUCCACCUUCGUCCCCCAAUCAAGAAUGUCGAGCAUCCCAUCUCAGCAACGUCAGACUGUUCCUCACCACUUUCCGAUGGCACCGCAACACUAGUAACCACAAAUGUCACGAGUAAUACUACACGAAAAUUGGCCGCUGAGCUUGAUAACGCU